AUGGUGGAAGAAAAGCUGACCAAGAAGCAGCAGAAAGCUCAACAGUUCAGAAAGCCUAAAGAAGAACGUGAGAAGGACAAUCAAUUGAAGCGAGUACAGCAAGAAGAAACACAGAGUAAGGAUGAAGAGCCCGUUAAGAAGAAAAGAAAAACACGCAGAGGACGUGGUGGAAAGGGGCGUGAUCAGAGUAAGAGCAGCAAUAGAUUUCUACUUUUUGUUGGUGGCUUGCCCAAGGAUAUAACACAGACAGAGCUACAAUCUCAUUUCAAAUCAAGUUCUCCAGAUUUCAUUAGAAUUCGCCCGGAUAAGGGAAUUGCAUUCCUAGAGUUUGACGGAGAUAAAGAUCAGAAAAACAUUCAAAGUCGUAUGGAUAUCGCUCUGCUUCAACACAGAACUCUCCUCAAAGACAAGAAGAUCAAUGUGGAAUUGACAGUUGGUGGUGGUGGAAACAGCUCAGAUAGAGUACAGAAACUAAGAAAUAAAAAUAUCAAGUUCGAGGAGGAACGUCGUACGAGAAUGGCCAAGAUGAUCCAAGAGAGCUCUCAGAAGAAGAGUAACGCUGCCAUCUCGACGACGAAAGCAGCUGAGCAGCAGCCGUCGUUGCUUCCCCAGGGUAUCCAUCCCGAUAGAGCCAAGCUAAUUAAAUAA